GCGGCGGACGGAGGAACUGAUAGAGCUUGAGGGGCUGCGGCCACGAAUGGUAGCGUUAGGGUUUGCUUGGAUUUAGGGCUCGGCCGCCUCCUCCAGUUUCGAGGGAUGGGAGGACGCCGUGGAGGAAGGUGGCGGAGUGAGGUCAGGGGCCAUAGUGGAGCCGAGCGGGUGGGCUGGGCACCAUUCACGCGUUCCUUCCUUCGCUUGCUCACACUUGGCUCGCCUCGGCCCGGCCGUGCCUUUUUCUAACAGACUCCGUCGGCACCGCACAGGCACAGGGAAGUCAUGAGCUGACACGCCGGAGAGAGAAGAGCAGCAGCGGAGUGUGGACUACUCUACUCCCUAAUAAAUCUAGCGCUCUGCCUGGAUCUCCGUAUCGGUCGGGGAUUCAUCACGGCAGCGGAGGGAGAGAGGAGAUCAGCCAUGCCCCCUCGAUCUCUCGCCGUCUUCGUUGUCGUCCUCCUCCUCGCCGCCCUCUCCGCCAGCGCCGCCACCAACAGAAAGAAGGAUCAGGAGGACGACCUCCAGUACCUCAUCGACAACGCCGAUGACAUCCCCGCCAACGACCCCGACGGAUGGCUCCAAGAGGGCUCCCCCGACGACGACCUCCUCUUCGAGGACCACUCUGAGUCUGAGCCAGAAGACGACCACCACCAGCAGAUCGACGAGACCCACGUCGUGGUCCUCACCGCCUCCAACUUCUCCACCUUCCUCGCAGCCCGCCGCCACGUCAUGGUCGAGUUCUACGCCCCAUGGUGCGGCCACUGCCAGGCGCUCGCCCCGGACUACGCCGCCGCCGCAGCCCACUUCGCCGCCCACCACCAGAACGACGUCGCCCUCGCCAAGGUCGACGCCACCGAGGACACCGACCUCGCCCAGAAGUACGACGUCCAGGGCUUCCCCACCAUCCUCUUCUUCAUCGACGGCGUCCCCAGGGACUACACCGGCGCAAGGACUAAGGACGCCAUCGUCGCCUGGAUCAACAAGAAGCUCGGCCCCGGGGUGCACAACAUCACCACCGUCGACGACGCCGAGAGGAUACUCACUGGGGAUGAAAAGGCCGUCCUUGCCUUCCUCGACUCCCUAUCCGGCGCUCACAGUGAUGAGCUUGCUGCUGCUUCAAGGCUGGAAGAUAGUGUCAGCUUUUACCAGACUUCAAGUCCUGAUGUUGCUAAGCUUUUCCACAUUGACCCAGCAGCAAAGCGCCCAUCCUUAGUAUUGCUGAAGAAAGAGGAGGAGAAGUUGACCUUCUAUGAUGGGGAGUUCAAAGCAUCCGUCAUUGCUGAUUUUGUGUCUGCAAACAAGCUUCCUUUGGUUAUCGCACUUACACAGGAAACUGCCCCUUCUAUUUUUGAUAACCCAAUCAAGAAGCAGAUUUUACUAUUUGCUGUUGCAAACGAGUCUUCAAAAUUUCUUCCCAUCUUUAAGGAAGCAGCAAAAUCAUUCAAAGGAAAGCUUUUAUUUGUCUCCGUGGAGCGAAAUAAUGAGGAAGUUGGCGAACCAGUUGCCAACUACUUCGGUAUUACUGGACAAGAGACCACAGUUCUUGCAUACACUGGGAAUGAGGAUGCCAGAAAAUUUUUCCUUGAUGGUGAGAUGUCACUGGACAUCAUUAAGAAAUUUGCUGAAGAUUUCUUGGAGGAUAAGCUCACACCAUUCUACAAGUCUGAACCAGUACCUGAAUCUAAUGAUAGGGAUGUCAAAAUUGUUGUUGGGAAAAAUCUAGAUCUAAUAGUUUUGGAUGAAUCUAAAGAUGUCCUUCUGGAGAUAUAUGCACCGUGGUGUGGUCAUUGUCAGGCACUGGAGCCUACUUACAACAAACUAGCCAAGCAUCUCCGUGGCAUCGACUCCCUUGUAAUAGCCAAAAUGGAUGGCACUACCAAUGAGCAUCCGCGCGCCAAGCCCGACGGAUUCCCCACGAUUCUCUUCUAUCCAGCAGGGAAGAAAAGCUUUGAGCCUAUCACUUUUGAGGGGGACCGGACCGUGGUAGAGAUGUACAAAUUCAUCAAGAAGCAUGCUAGUGUCCCUUUCAAGUUGAAGCGCCAAGACUCAUCAACGACGAAAACUGGGAGCACUCAGAGCCCAACUUGGGCCGAGGGUGAGAAGAGCUCUGGUACAAACCUGAAGGACGAACUGUAGGGCAUUAAAGGAUCAAACAACUCAGUGCUGGCUGCUAGUUCUGAGGUGGAUCUUCCUUCGCAAUCUUUCUUUUCUGGAGGAGGGAGGAGGAGAAAGCAAUGCUAGUAGUUGGUCAAGUAGAGUGAGAGGAGUUGGGGAUGAGUCAGAUUGGAACAGGUCGGGAUAUAAUAAUCGAAUAAAUAAAAAACAAAUCCUUUCCUUUC